UUCUCUAAUGAAAAAAGGAAGAUCUUUAUCAAUGGCGAUGGCUAUGGCAUCGUGCAGUGGCAGAAUCCCAAGUGGUCUUACAUUAUCGCGAAGAUCCAGGCACAGAUUCGUGGCCGCUGCGUCCGAGGAUGAUUCCAGAGUAGCAAUUCAAGAAGAAGCUUCUUCCGCGAUCGACGUUGUCAAGAAAGAAUUUCAGGCAAGGAGAUACCAUGUGGAGAAUGACAAAAUGUUCGACAUAUUGGGCGCUUCCUUGGCAGUGCCGCUUCGUCUGGGAACAGGAGCUCUCGUCCAAGGCUACAAGGCAUCCUUUGUUCCCAAGGAGCAAGUUCCACCGUCGCAGUACUCGCUCUUUGAUUUUGGAGGACAGAAGCUCGUGGAGACUGCAGUGCUAGGAGCUCGACCACAACAGCCCAUACAAAUCUAUGAAUUCGAAGGUUGUCCAUUUUGUCGUAAGGUCAGAGAAGCUGCUACGAUCCUGGAUCUCGACAUCUUGUUUUAUCCCUGUCCUAAAGACGGUCCAACCUAUCGUCCCAAAGCUAUCGAACUUGGUGGUAAAAAGCAAUUCCCUUACAUGGUAGAUCCCAACACGGAUGUUGCAAUGUACGAAUCGGAUGAAAUCAUCAAGUACCUUGUAGAUAAAUACGGGAAUGGGAAGGUGCCUUUUAUGCUGUCACUGGGUUUCUUCACGACUCUAACAGCAGGAUUAGCAAUGCUUGGGCGUGCAGGCAAGGGAUCCCAAUACGUUCCUGCGAGAAAACCAGACAAGCCUCUAAAGAUCUGGGCGUACGAGCUUUCGCCUUUCUGUAAGAUCGUACGAGAAAGGCUGGUUGAAUUGGAGCUCCCUCACGUUUACUACAAUGCCGCUCGUGGAAGUCCCAAACGAAAUUAUCUCUUGGAACGGACUGGAAUUUAUCAGGUUCCUUUCUUAGAAGACCCCAACACCGGUGUGGAGAUGUUUGAAAGCUCGGAGAUUAUCAAGUAUCUUAACACAACGUAUGCCUUGUAAAGAAAAGAGAUUCUCAUCUUAUAGAUAAAUUCAAGCAGCAGUUUUGGAAGUA